UCCCCCUCGCCUUUCCGCUCUCCCUGCUGCUUGGUUGUUGACCCUCCCCUGCCCCCCCGCGCUUGUCCUUUCGUUCUAGCCGCUACAGAUUGCUACAGCUUGAGUUGCAAGCAUGUCGACAAACCUCCAGCGAUUGUCCAAGAAGGCUCCAGAAGGUUGGGACGAGGUUCUUCCAACCUUGGAAAUGUUUGAGAACAGGAUGAAAGAUGCCGUAAACGAAUCGCAUGAAGGGAAACGCAAGCAUGAGUCGACAUGGCCCAUCCACAGGAUUCAUUAUGAGAAGAGCAGGUACAUCUAUGAGCUUUAUUACACCAAAAAGGAGAUCUCGAGAGAGCUCCUUGAUUUCUGUAUCCGAGAGAAGGUGGUGGAUGGAAAUCUAAUGGCUAAGUGGAAGAAACCAGGGUACGAAUUCCUCUGCUCUCUGGCUGCUAUCAACAAAGGAUCCACAAACUUUGGCACCACAAACGUUUGCAGGGUGCCCCUCCGUUUGCGCAGCGGAAAGAUCACUCCAUCUGUCGUAACGGGGUGCAUCAGUUGCGCUUCCUGCGACAAAGGAGCUCCUAUCUGGUGGAACAGCAACAUCGAAGGUAGGGCGGGUGGAUCCAAAAGGGCUGCAGACGCAGAAGAGGACGAAGAGGUUGAGAAAAGGGCGGCGAUGCUCCGAGGAGAAGGAGGAAGCGACGCGAAGCGCAGUCGAACUGGAGACACGUUGGAUUGAAGAUGUGCUCCGCUAUAUUUCGGUCCACCACGAAGAAUACUCGUAGUCUGUUUUGCACCUGUUGUAACGUCGUAAGAUUGAACAGAUUCUGUUCUUCGGUUGAUAAUCGAAACGUUGGAUUU